UGGCUGCAGCAUGUGGGGGCUGCUGUUUUUGAGCGUGCUGCUUGGGACUGUCCUUGGCAAAGAGAACUUUGUUGGGCACCAGGUGCUCCAAAUCUCUGCUGCCGAUGAAGCCCAGGUGCAGAAGGUGAAGCAGCUGGAGGAGCUGGAGCACCUGCAGCUGGACUUCUGGAGGGGCCCUGCCCAGCCUGGCUCUGCCACCGAUGUCCGAGUGCCUUUCACUAGCCUCCAGGCUGUCAAAAUCUUCCUGGAGGCCCAUGGCAUCAGGUACCGGAUCCUGAUCGAGAAUGUGCAGGCGCUGCUGGAUGAGGAGCAGGAGCAGAUGUUCGCCUUCCAAUCCCGGGCCAGAUCCACUGGCACCUUUAGCUAUGCCACCUACCACACCCUGGAGGAGAUCUAUGACUUCAUGGACAUGCUGGUGGCGGAGCACCCACAGCUUGUCAGCAAGCUCCAGAUCGGCAACACCUAUGAAGGUCGUCCCAUCUACGUGCUGAAGUUCAGCACUGGUGGCAACAACCGACCUGCCAUCUGGAUCGACACGGGCAUCCAUUCCCGGGAGUGGGUCACUCAGGCCAGCGGGGUCUGGUUUGCAAAGAAGAUCACAGAGGACUAUGGCCAGGACCCAGCUUUCACCGCCAUUCUUGACACCAUGGACAUCUUUCUGGAGAUCGUCACCAACCCUGAUGGCUUUGCCUUCACCCACAGCAAGAAUCGCCUGUGGCGCAAGACUCGAUCCAUCACGCCCGGCUCCUCCUGCGUUGGGGUGGACCCCAACAGGAACUGGGAUGCUGGCUUCGGAAUGGCCGGAGCCAGCCAAAACCCCUGCUCAGAAACUUACCACGGCCAGUUUGCCAAUUCGGAAGUGGAGGUCAAGUCCAUUGUGGACUUUGUGAAGGACCAUGGGAACAUCAAGGCCUUCAUCUCCAUCCACAGCUACUCCCAGCUCCUCCUCUAUCCCUACGGCUACAAAACAGAACCAGCCCCCGACCAGAAUGAGCUGGAUCGGGUGGCGAAGUCUGCUGUGACAGCCCUUGCCUCUCUGUAUGGGACCAAAUUCACAUAUGGCAGUAUCAUCAAAACAAUUUACCAAGCCAGCGGCAGCACCGUCGACUGGACCUACAACCAGGGCAUCAAGUACUCCUUCACCUUUGAGCUCCGGGACACUGGGCGCUACGGCUUCCUGCUGCCAGCCUCCCAGAUCAUCCCCUCGGCCCAGGAGACGUGGCUGGCGCUUCAGGCCAUCAUGGAGUACACUGUAACUCACCCCUACUGACCCAGCCCUUAAAUUCUCUCUUCCUCCUCUUCUUUAGCCCCACCCAGGCAACCAAAUAAAGU